AUGAAGUCCUUCGAUCUAUCCGUGUAUUUGGUCACUAACAGCGAAAUGGUCCCCCCUGGGGUCUCGUUCCUGGACCAAGUUCAAAAGGCCAUUGAUAAUGGCGUCACCUGUGUUCAAUUGAGGGAGAAGGAACUUAACACUCGGGAGUUCAUUGACCGAGCUAAAGAGGUCAAGAAGUUGACCGACAAAGCAGGUAUUCCUCUUAUCAUUAACGACCGCGUUGACAUCGCACUUGCUGUGGACGCUCAUCUGCACGUAGGACAAGAAGACAUGGAAGUUCCCGUUGCCAGAAAGUUGCUGGGCCCAAACAAGAUCAUUGGUGUUUCGGCUAGCAAGCCUGAAGAGAUCCAAAAGGCGCUUGAGGACGGUGCGGACUAUGUUGGAGUUGGAAUUUGCUUUGACACGCAAACGAAAGUGACUAAGAAGCUGCCAAUGGGCCCAAUGGGCUCACAAAGACUGCUGCAGAUAAUCAAAGACUCUGGUAAGCCUAUGAAAAUUUGUCUGAUUGGAGGUAUCAACCAGACUAAUAUUCAAAGGGUGAGGGCUCAGGCCUCAAUUCCUGGGCGUGCUAUUGAUGGUGUUGCUGUGGUGUCUUGCAUUAUGGCAGCUCAAGAUGCCGCAGCAGCCACCAAAGAGCUGGUCAGACUAUGGAACGAACCACCUAUUUUUUGGGACCAUUUGGACUCAGAAUCUGAUUUCAAUAUGAAUGGAGCCAUUGCCAACGUUCUGUCUAUUCAUCCGCUUGUGCAUCAUAUCACAAAUGACGUGGUGAAGAACUUUUCGGCAAACGUCACCUUGGCUGUUGGUGCUGCUCCCCUUAUGAGCGAAUGCUCCGAGGAGUUUGACGACCUGGCUCAAUAUCCAAACAAUUCGCUUUUACUCAACACUGGGACGCCCAAUGAGGAGCAAACCAAGAUGUAUAUUACUGCUUUGAAGGCAUAUAAUAGAUGGGGCAAGCCGGUUGUGUAUGAUCCCGUCGGAGCAGGAGCUUCAACUACUAGGAAACAAAGCGUCAAAAAAUUGUUGCUUGAAGCAUACAUGACUGUCAUCAAAGGAAAUCAAGGCGAGAUCUUUACUGCUGCUGGUGUGGAGAAGUCCAUGAGAGGCGUUGAUAGCGGGUCUGAAGAAGCCCUUGAUUCGGUCGUGGCUGCGGCUAAAAAAUUGGCUGUGCAAAGCAGAUCUGUGGUUGUUGUCUCGGGGAAGACAGACGUUGUUGUGGAUGGAAUUUUGCACGGCAGAAGAGACGUUACAGGGAAGGUGCCUAUUGCAUUUAUCCAAGGCGGCCAUGAAAUAAUGAGCCGUGUUACUGGCACAGGCUGCUCUCUAGGGUCUACCAUUGCUGCAUUUGUUGCGGCCAAUAGAAGCAAUCCGUUUCUAGCGACUGUGGUUGCUUGCUCAAUCUACAAGCGUGCUGGAGAAAAAGCUGGUGCCGAGGCUAGCGGGCCAGGAACGUUCCAGGCAUUGUUUUUGGACAAGCUAAAUGAAUGCGUGAAAACCCAGGAUUUUGAAAAUCCGAAAAUCAUUUUAACAUAA